CAAAAGCAAAAAAUGAAAUCGAGAUUGAACAGCUUCACGACCUGUCAGAAGAACAACCGAAUGCAACAUCUUUAACAACACACAGCAAUGACCACCAUAUUUAAAGGGCCGUCGAAAGCCUGACAAGUGCUAGGGACGAGGUUGUUUUUUCAACAAUAACGUAAAAUUUAACGUAUGCGCGAAUUCCCAUAAUGGUACUUGUUUAUUUAGUUGCUGAAGGCGCCACGUGCAUUGUUAACCAAAAUGGACCAUAAACACAACAAAAGAAGAAAUUCAAUUGAACGUUAUCAACCUAAAAGUAAACACAACCCUGAUGAAGAUAUAGUUGAUAGCUUUAACCAAGUUUCUUUAGAAGAUAGGAACACAGGCGAGGAAGGACUUCGAUGUGAAGCCCCUGUGAAUCACCACAAGAAAAAAAGUCCCAGCAGAAGAGGUGUAAACAGCCAUUUGUUUGGAAGAAGUAAUGAUGGUAGACGUGGUCGUGGACGGGGAUCUCACAGAGGUAGUAAAUAUGGCGAACAACAUAGCAGUUCUUCAUUAAAAAACUAUGAAGACAGAAACUCUUGGGGACAAAAUAAUCCAGAAAAUUUUAAUUUUGUAUCUAAUAGUAAUGAACAAAAACCAUAUUACCAACCAUCAUAUAGAAAGCAUGUGCAAGAGGAACGUGGUAUGACACCAAGAAAAAAGAAUACUGAGACAUUCAAACCUUCUCACAAGCCAGCAGAGAUGAGAAUUUUGGCUGCCCAUGCUGGUUGGAAAAAAUACAGUAGGGAAAUAACAUCGCGAGAUGUAUUAGUUGUGCAUGAUUUGUUUUGUGAGCCAAAUGAUUUGACAAUUUAUAACAAGUUAUUGGGGGAAAUACGACAAUCUGGCAUUGAGGAAACAGACUUAUGGCAGUUGUGGCAUGGGGACAGCCAUGUAAUUGCAGAUGAUAAGAAAAAGUGGAAGGAGUCUUGUCCCACAUUUCACAUGGUCCUAAAUAAGAUCAGCGAUUAUUUUGACAUGGAUAUUAAAGCGACACGUUUAAAUUGGUAUCGUGAUUCGAAAGAGUGGAAGCCUUUUCAUCAUGAUGCUGCAGCUAUUAAACCUGAUAAAGCUAAAACACAAAAUUUUACAGUUGCUGUCUCAUUUGGAGCUGAGAGAGAAGCAGCAUUUGAGCAUGCAACUACAAAAACAGUUAUUUCAAUGCCACAACCAAAUGGUACAAUAUAUGUAUUUUCCAAAGAUGUAAAUGUGAUUUGGAGGCAUGGCAUUCUGCAGGUACCACCAGAAAAAUAUCAUUCAGAGGGUCGUAUUUCAAUUAUUGCAUGGGGAUGGGUUGAGCAAAAUCAAGUUUAGAAGUACAGGUUUUUAGAAGAUUAGUGUUAUAUUUUUAUUUGUAUGUUAUGCUGCAUAUGACACCAUUACUCGCUUAUGCUUAAAAAAAUCCAAGUGCUUCAAUAAUUGUAGUCACCAUUGCUAACAAUUUAAUUUUUUUACCCUCUCGUAAGGUUUUAUUACUGUUUUAUGUAAACUUAAAACUACUGUUUUAUGUAAACUUAAGUCUAAAACAGCCUUUCUAAUGACUUUGCAUUGUAGAUCUCAGCAGACACACGCAAUUCACAGCCACUUUCGAAUAAAAACAACAGUAAUAAGCAAUAUUUUUCUAUAAUAUACCUUGUUUUGAUGUUUUCAUUUUGUUUUUAUCCAUCAUUCAACCUUUUUUAUCUGAAUGUUUUAUUUUUCUGUUUUUACAGACUUUUUUAUUUAAAAAUUGUAUCAAGUAGGAUUUUUUACUUCAAAUAUUUUUCAUUUUAUAAGAUUGAGUUUAAAAGUCAAUUUUGAGAUUGAAAAAAACACUGAUAGGAACAUUGCCAGUUUCUUUGAUGAUUUUUCGUGACAUUUUGCAUAUCAGAAUUAAGUUAUACGGUGCAAAAUUCAAAAAAAAAAGUGUGUAGCAUGUUAAAGAUUGCAUUCUCUAUCAAGUGUUUAAGUAUUUCUUUGUAAUUGUACAUUCUAUUGAUAAAACUGCCUUGCCGUAUGACAAAGCAGACAACUCAAUGGUGCUUUUUGUGAUUUGUCAUUAGCCAUAUAAUAAAGAGAUUUUCCAGCAUUCUUAGGUCUCUUAAUUUUUUUUUAAUUUCAUCAUUAAAUUCUUUUAUGGUACAAAAACACACAAUCCUUGCAUCUAUUAGCUAAAACGUAAUUCAUAAUUUCUAUCAUAAUUUUUAUGGAUUCUUAAACCUUGCUUUCUCAUUUCCUUCUCUUCAUGUCGGACACAAUACAUUAUUCCAUUUCAGUUAAAUUCUUUCAUCAAUGCACUCUACAGCUAUAUAUGUUCGUAAAAAACUUGAAAGAUUUUAAUGAAAACUUUAUCUCUAAUGAAAUUCGGAAUGAUAAUACAAUGAUAUGAUGAUAAUAAUGAUGAUAUAAUGAUAAUACAAGGUAUCUUUUCCAUCAGCACCACCAUUUCUUUCAUUGUCAAAGUAAUAUGUUACAGGUUGUUCCACCAAAAACUUCAGUUUACCCUUGUAUGUCCUCACAUGUCGUAUGUAACACCAGUAACACCAUAGUUUAAUAUUGUUGGGGUGGUUCAUCAUUUCUUAAGACUAUAACUCCAUGAUAUGUAUCUAACUUAAUAUACUACUUACCUGCGUACGCGGGUUGUAAAACAGCAUUUCGUCUUCAUUCAAAUCAUACCUGGUACAUGCUCUUUUUUACUUUUCAGUGAUUGCCCAACCACAGCUAUAUCUUCAUAAUAGAUAUCUAUUCCAUCAGUGCUUGUUAAAAUUUUGAUCAGAUUAACAACAACUAAUGUGUUUUCAGGCAAAUUGACUUUUGGUAUUGACACUUAACUAUCGACAUGAAAAUUCUCCAACCGUUUAACAAACAUUGAUUGGUCAUUUUCAACCUUUUAAAAUAUUUGAUUUUGAUAGAUGUUUUGUAUUCACAAUGGAUCCAUCUGUAUCGGCUGCUUUCUUGUUACUUCCAUUUGAGUAUUCUUUGUUUUUGGCAGAUUGUCAUUAUAGUAAAUGACAAUUUUAUACCUUAUACCUUUAAUAAUUCUUCUAAAUAUAUAAAUAAUUUCAAAUAAAUUAAUUUUAUUUUAAUUUGAACUUGCAAUAGAAGAGGACGUUAUGUAUUCGCAAGAGGAUGUUUAUCAAGAAUUUUUAAAUAAAAGAUAAUUUUUCUAACAUAAAACAUUACUAAACACCACUAAAUACAUCAGGGUUAUGGAAGACUUCCUUGACCCCAUGCGGAAUAAAAUCCUUGUUACCCAAACAUCACCUACUUAAAAUCAGAACCAACAAGUUUAUGAUGCAUAACACCACUUUAAAUAAAUAUUUGACGACUGCCAGUUUCAAUCAUGAAAUUUAAUUCUAUCCAGAUGUAAGAAAGUUAAAAAGCCCUGGGUUCAAACUUUUCUCUCUAUUAAAAAAUAAAUAAACAAACGGCGAAACCUUUUAUUUGUAGUCAAAAUGGUAGCAUUUUAGCUAGCUAUUUACAGUAAAAGAAAAGGUAAAAAAAUCAAAAAAAUGUAUAUGAAUCAAUGGGAAAUAAAAGUGAAGGGAGAUAUUUAGAUUAUUAUCUAUUCUUAACAGUAGAUAAUAAUGUAUAUUAAUUAUUAAUAUACAUUAUAAUAGUAAAUAUUUUUUUCACGAAGCAUGGAAAUGAUUGUCCAUCUGUCUGAACACUCCUAAAAUGAUCCUGACAAUCGAUCAACAAAAUUUGUCAGUCAGUGACCGUUGACUGGCCGUUAUUUUAAACACUGUCAUAACUUGAAGGUUUUUUUCACACAUUGCAGAUAGGUUUCAUUCCGGAAUUGUUUUGUUUUGGAUUUCAUUAUUUAUAGUGCAACGGAAUCAUUCCGUUUUGCGUAUCAGAUAGCUUUCAAACCGUGUAAAUGCGAGGCCUACCUGCAACAAUCAUUUCGCAACGACAUCUAUCCGCAAUGUGUAAACAUAGUCUAAAUAGGCUGUUUUGAUAUCUGCAAUUCUAGGAUCACUUCCAAAAUUGUUUAAGAGAUUUCUUCGCUUAAACUGUCAAUAACUUUUGUAUAGUCUCCUAAAAAUAACAAACCUAUUUUGGUAAAAAGGCUCUUUCAAUGCCUUAACCAGCGUGUAUUUGUGCGUUAAUUCAAAUAUUUUGUUAGGUUUUUUCCUUAUCUUUCUUCGAGCAAUGUGUACCUUUAAUAUGUUAUUUGACGUUGUAUGUUUAAAGAAAUUCUGUUGUUUGUGAAUUCAAAACGAUUUUUCGGUCACAAAUGUCACUUAGAAGCUGAAAUUUUUGUGAUAAGUUUAUAUUGAUUCUUGUGAUAAGAAUCUAUUGUUUAUUUUCGAAAUUAUGCCACAGCAACAUAAAUUUAUCUUGCCUAACAAGGAAACUUUUGUUCAUAUGGGACCAGAAAGCCACAAGUGAUAAGCACUAUAUACCAUCUAUAACAUUAAAAUUAAGUGCCAAUAAAAGGUUAGGCUGCCCUUAAGUCGGUCGGGUGGCAGAUUAUUUAUUUUUUCCUUUUCGUCAAACAAAAAAAGUCAUUUUUUCUACUUCAGUCUCUUCGUGACCCUUGCUUUACUGUAUAAUGCUGGGUCUAUUUUUUGUACCUCCAGGACAACAAUCGUUGCACUUCAGAACUGCUGUUUGUUGUUGUUCUUAGUCCCCAGCAUGGACUGCUAUUAUCAGGUGUUGUUGUCCAGUUCAAUCGUUACUUCAGGAUUUUCUAAACCGGGAAAUGUUGACAUCAAUAUACCUUAAAAAGUUUGCUCUUUGUCAAGCUUUAAUAGCUUGUUUAUGGAAAGAACCAAUGUUCUCCAUAGCUGAGUGCUCCACAGCAGUCACAGCAAACGUCGGCACCAUCUUAACUAACUUGAAACAUGUCAGCGUAAAUACAUAAGGUACUCUUUUGGAACUAAAAACGAACACAACUCUUUAACGACGUUUCGGCCGUACGAGGGCCAUUUUCAAGUAUAGCUAUUUACAAUUGACAAAUUCAACACUAUAUACAAAAUAUCGUACGAUAUAUUAUCGUACGAUCAAAUAUUCCGUAGGGGCAAGUCAAUUAUCUGAAAAUAGAAAUAAUGGCAUUGAUGCAAUAUUUCUAUUAAGAAUUGGCUUAUCCCUACGGAUUAACAAGCUUUCCUUCAAUUCCAAAUCAAAAUUAUUAGAUGCGGAGGAGAUAAUAGAAAAAUUAUCUAAAGAUGGUCUAUUUUUACAGAAAACAACAUGCUCCAAAACCGCACUAAGGUUAAUAGAUUUGACGGAUUUUCCAGUCAAGGCAGAAACGGCCAUGUGUUCGCAGGCUCUAACUUUCAAAUGUCGCAUAGUUUUCCCAUAAUAGAUGGCAUUGCAGCCAUCACACUGAUAUUUAUAUACGACUUUUGAACGCAGAGCCUUUGAAACACGGUCCUUAAACCGGAAAAAAUUGCCAAUUCUACAACCCGA